AUGUUCUUCAAUUCGACUACCCACCUACUGGCCGCCCGUCACAUCCAGUCCGAUGACAAUGUCCAGUAUACAAUCGAUUACUGGGGCUAUGCGGUGCGGAAAAUGCCAUGCACCAACGACAAAGGGACUUGUGAAUACCUGGAUUCCGUCUAUGGCAACCACGAGACAUCAAUGAUCUUCACCUUUGUCAUGUGGGCUGUUAUCGGUCUCAUCCUCCUCUUGUUCGUAGUGUUUCGAUUAGCGCACCCGCAGAAACAGAACGGUCCAAGACAGAGCUUCGUAUAUCGCCUUACAAGACUGGCAUCAUCGGCUGUUCGCAAAUAUCUAUUGCCUGAGUGCUCGAAGGUAUUCAGGUAUACUACAAGGCUGCAAGUAUUAAUCCUUGCCUUGUUUUGCGCCUACCUCACGGUCUUUUCUUUUGCUGGCAUCACAUACAAGACAUGGGUUACGCCAAUCAAGGACAGUAACUUGCACAAUACUCGCACUGGUAUGGGUGGAUUCGCUGACCGCAUUGGUGCCUUUGCCUUUGCUCUCACUCCAUUGACCAUUGCCUUGUGCAGCCGUGACUCGAUCCUCAGCAUGGUCACAGGCAUUCCUUACCAGAGCUUCAACUUUCUACACCGUUGGACAGGCCGCAUUAUUCUUGUCCAGUCAUUCGUUCAUGCCAUCAUCUGGACUAUUAUCGAAGCAAAGCUUUACCAGCCACAACCUACUGUCUACACCAAGUUCAUCAACCAAAAGUACAUGGUCUGGGGCUGUAUUGCGCAGGCCUUGAUCACGUUCUUGUUCGUCUUCAGCCUCCGACCCGUGAUCCGCUGGACGGGCUACGAGUUCUUCCGCAAGUCGCAUCUCAUUGUCUCCAUCCUUUACAUUGGAGCCUGCUGGGGCCACUGGGAGAAGCUUUCGUGCUGGAUGAUCGCAUCGUUUGCGAUUAUGGGGUUCGAUUUGGUUGCCCGGAGUGUUCGCACCAUUCUCAUUCACACUGGCCACAAACAAAGGGGUGGUGGGUUUGGCUUCCGCUCUACUCCAGCGAUACUAGAUACUUUCCAGGAUCCUACAGGUACCAUUGUUCGCAUGACAUUUUACCACAAGCAUAGCCCUUGGGCAGUUGGCCAACACUUCUACCUCACCUUUCCUGCACUCAACAUGUGGCAGUCACAUCCGUUUACGCCAGGUUCGAAUCCAAACAGCUCUUCUCCCCUACAACGCCAUACCUACAUCAUCCGUGCCUGCAAGGGCGAGACCGCGAAACUUGCUGCUCUUGCCGAUGCUGCUGCAAACUGCUAUCCGCGCGUUCAAGCAUCUACCCCAGUCAUCAUGAUGGGUCCAUAUGGCAGCUCCAUCGUCAACAAGGAGGUCUCCAACAUGCUCGCCAUCUCCGGCGGCACAGGAAUAACCUACACCCUCCCUGUCAUCAUGGACGCUCUCUCCCCCUCCUCGCCCGUCUGCAACAUCGAGCUCAUCUGGACCAUCCGCCACAUUGAGAACCUCGCCUGGAUCGCCCCCGAACUCGCAUACUUAAAAUCGCAGCUCUACCAGAGCGACGAAGCAACCAGUUCCAGCAGCAGCGACAUCGAGAAGAAAGACGACGCCCCCGUUGUAUCCGUAAGCACAACCAAGCGCUUCCGCAUCCGCAUCUUCGUCACCAGACCCGAGACCACACAACAAGCCGCCUCAGCCCAGCUCGACAGCGACAGCGACAGCGGCAAAGGCAAGGACAAAGACAAAGACUACGGCGACGACGACGCAGCACUAGAACCAGCAUCUACCAUUGAAUCCAUGGAUCUCAAUCGCCAGAUUGACGAACUAAAGCGCGAAUGCCCGGAUUUCAGCAUCACAUGGUUGAGCAAUGCGCGUCCGGACGUAUCCUCUCUAGUAUCCAACUUCAUGAGCGAGACGGUGGAAAGCGGGCGGACACAGGUUGUAGGCUCUGGACCGCCGGAGCUGGGGACGCGGAUUCGAAGUGCGGUUGCGGCGCAGAAUGUGCCUGGGGGUGUGUGGAGGGGGGAGGAGAGGGGGGAUGUGGAGUGUGUGUGGGAUGAUCGGAUGGGGUAG